AACCGGAAUACGGGUAAGUUGGUGGGAGUCGCGGACCGACCGUGUCGUGUUACAGGAAUUGUGUUAGUAAAUAUGUGUAAUUGUCAAUAUGAACAUAUGAUUGUGAAUGUAUGUUUAAUAUGGAUUUAAUAUGUAUAUUUGUAUGUAAGCAUGUGGGGAACUAUGGUUAUUGGGUAGAUUCGGAAUAUAUAUGUACAAGUAUAUGGAUGAUGCGUAGUGUGCAAGUGUAUAAAUAUUUAAGCAGAUGUACAAAAACGUAUAUUUAUUGUGCGCGGAAACAUGCAAGCGCUUAGAAAAUAUGUUUGUGGUUUGUGGGACAUGCAAGCAUUAACAAAUAUGUAUGUUUGUGGAAUCUGCAAGCAUUAGGAAAUAUGUAUGUUUGCGGAAUCUGCAAGCAUUAGGAAAUAUGUAUGUUUGUGGAAUAUGCAUGCAUCAAAACAUACGUGUGUUGUAAGUGACGGUGAUUAUGCAGUGAUAGUGCGUUAGGGCGGCAAGUCCAGUUGUGUUUCUCACUGGACACUUGUUGCACAUAUGAAUGAACACGUCCCAAGUAUGCCGGUAUGCAAUCGCGAACGGACAGAUUGGUUCUAUACUGCUAAUUCGUGCACUUUAUGUAUUUUUGGUUGAGCUGACCGGCGCGGUAUCAGCCGUAUACGAAUGGGGCCCUUGGAUCAGGGACGGAAAGCGGGAUGCGGAUUCCGUUUUUGGAAGUCGGCGGACAGUCCGACAGAAGAAACCAAUAUGGCGAGUCCAACGCCAGGAACAAGCUGGGGCGAACGGAUGGCUGGCACAAAACGAGGAUGAGUAUGGAUGGAGGUGCGUCAGCAGGAUCCGGCUCGAAGGACCAUGUAAAAGUCGGGGGGCGUCGGGGAUAAAAUGUCCAAACUCCAGUACAAGAACAAAAUGGCGGGAUUUUCAGGUUUCAAAGUGCUCUUCUGCACUGCUCUGGUCCUUAACUAACGUGUGGGAGAGAGAGGGCGCUGACGUCAGCCGCGCUGUGCUAGCAGAUGUUGCUAGCGAAUGUUGCUAGCAAACGUUGCCAGCCUGCCAUGCAGGCUACUAGCAGUGCUGCCACGUCAACACUACCUUUGCAAAGUUUGGUAUGAACUUGCGAUAAAAGCCACAAAGUCCAAGGAAUGACUUAAUUUCUUUGGCUGUUUUUGGAAUCGGGAAUUUAACGAUUGCCCUUUUUUUUCUGGGUUUGGUUUUAUACCUUCAGUUGUUAUAAUGUGACCAAGAAAUUCAGUUUCUUUUCUCAUGAACUCGCAUUUGUCAAGUUGAAGUUUUAAAUUGGCUUCUCGUAGCUUAGUGAAAACAUUUCUCAGAGACACAAUAUGCUCUUCCAAUGAAGUGGAGUAGAUUAUUAUGUCAUCCAAGUAAACCAAGCAAUCCUUAAAUAUUAAUUCUUCUAAUAAAUUGUUCAUGCAACGUUGAAAA